UUAAACUCAGAUGGUGUCUAUGUCAAUUUUGCUCCAGCCUUGGUUUGAACAGUAGCUCUAAAAUAUCUAGGAUGGCAGCUCGAAAUCUGAAGGUGUUUGGUCUUAUACUGGCGGUGGAAGUAAUAUUUUUUAUUGUUAUCUCCCACAAAAAUGACCAAGGGGGUGAAAAUUGGAGAGUCCUCUUGGGAAAAGAACUGUCCAGAAGUGCAGGCAGAUUAUUCAAUGGAUUUAUUCCAAGAAUGGAACAGUUGAAUCGGCAGCCUGGUUUACCCACACAGACUGGAAAAAUUGAUGAAACUAGCAUUUAUUCAUUGAGACAUGACUUACCUCGAAGGACAGCUGCUGAGACCCCAAUUCCCAUCAUGAACAAGAGUUCCUUCAGCAAGCUUCCUCGAUGGGCUUUUGACGAUGUAUAUAAUUUUGAUGCUCCUCCGAGACCAACAACAUGUGCCAAGUCUUUGCGCCACUCCAAAGACAAGACUUUCCAGAGAAAUUUCCUUCCCAACAUACGUAUGUUUCUGCACAAAGAAAACUUCAACAUAAUAGAGUGGAACCGGCUUUCACACUUCAACAGUCCUUUUGGAUAUAUGCAAAUGAAAUAUGAAGUUGCAGAUUUAUAUGAUGCCCUGCAAUCAUGCAAAGCCAUCCAAAGAAGAGCUCUACAUUCCAGGAUUCACUACCUGAGAUUAACUGUUGACAAUACAUUAUCUCUACCUUUCCAUGUGAAAUGCUUAUUUGCAGAUAUAUUGCCUGUAGUGAAGCUGAUCGAGAAGCCAAAGGAACCGCUGCUCCUCCCAAAAGCAGGCGGUGAUGGCUGUGUGCGCUGUGCUGUGGUGGGAACCGGAGGCAUUCUGAACGGCUCAAGGGCGGGAGCUGAGAUUGAUGCUCAUGACUACGUCUUUCGGAUGAACGGUGCUGUGAUCAAUGGCUAUGAAGAAGACGUAGGGAAAAGAACAUCAAUUUAUGUUCACACUGGACAUUCCAUUACAACUUCCCUUAAAAGAUUGGUAGCGUAUGGAUACAAAUCCGCCCCACAUGAUGAGGGAAUAAAGUAUGUCCUAAUUCCUGAGGGUCUGAGGGAUUUCCAGUGGCUCCAGGGUCUUUUAAAAGGAGAAAAUGUUUCCUCUGGUGAAUAUCUAGAUCAUGAACCCAGAGGUUAUUAUUCGGGACAGUUCAAUGAGAGCCACUUCUAUGUUCUACACCAGGAUUUUCUGCGGUAUGUUCGAAACAGGUUUUUAAACUCAAGUAAUGUCAAAGGAGAACACUGGGCGCUUGUACGACCAACCAACGGGGCAUUCACUCUCUUUCUGGCUCUGCACACUUGCGACACAGUGAGUGCCUAUGGAUUCAUGACUGACGACUACAACAAAUACUCGAGCUACUACGUUGAAAAGCAUCUGAGGAGCGAAGUAAUUUUCUAUAUUAACCACGACCUCAUUUUAGAGAAGAAUCUGUGGAAAAGAUUUCAUGAUAAAAAAAUAAUGAAGCUGUAUCAAAGAACUGGAUAACAAGUAAUGGAAAAUGGUGGUGGAGGUUCUCAGUCAUCCAAGUCAUAG